UAGGAGGAAUGGACGGGCUAUCAGAUCCAGCCAUGAUGCCUCUCUGCACGGCUAUCUUGGUGAGGUCGAGGAUACACCGGGUAGAAAAGUUGCUCUCUUAGAUGCUGGCGCAAUCCUCAGCCUGCCAAUGCUCUUUCUUCACGGUGUCGUCCUAUUUCCUGAAGCUAACUUGCCUCUGAGACUAAUUGAGACUAGGCUUGUGGCAUCUGUUGAGAAGGCUUUGAGGCAUGUCGAUGCUCCAAACACAAUUGGCGUGGUUCUCAUGUACAGACGGCCAAAUCAUCGAUAUUAUUCUGGUGCUUCAGUUGGAACAACAGCAGAGAUACGGCAACUUGGACGGCUGGAUGAUGGUUCAGUAAAUGUUAAAGCACGCGGUCAGCAGAGAUUUCGUCUGAUCCGUCACUGGCAGGACGUUGAUGGGGUGGUGUGGGGUGAGGUUCAAAUAAUUGAAGAAGAUGCCCCUCUAAGAACUCCAAGAGAUGCAUUUGCACAGCUAGCUGCAUCUAGCAGCUUCCAACCGCAUACUUCUUCGCCUGUUACGAGUUUGGAUGUGUCAUUAAGCGAGCAGCAGGACCAUAUGGAUUCAGAUGUAGAUUGUGAUUCUUCAUCUCACAAAAGUACUGCAAGUGAUCAUUCAAUGGUUGAUACAAAGAUUUAUCAUUCAAGUUCACAAUCCAGCAAUUCAAUGAAGUUCUGCAUAUCUAGUCAGUCUGGCAAGAAUACCGAUAUGGAUGAGGAGGAUUAUGUUUGCUCGACACCACCCUCAAGCGCAAGAAAAACAGAUACAAAGCAACAACAUCAGUACAAUGCUGCUAGUUACCGAAAGCAGCCUUGUCAGGCAUCAUUAUCAUUUUGGCCUCAAUGGACUUAUGAAAUGUAUGACUCACAUGCACUUGCUCGCAGAGCUGCUGACUUGUGGAGACUGAUAAUAAAAAAGCAAAUCAUGGAUGAUUAUGUAACAAAACCUGAUCUUUUGUCAUUUUACAUCGGAAGCCAACUUCCAGUAUCAGAACCUCUCAGACAAAAAUUGCUAGAGAUUGAUGGAAUUUCAUAUCGCCUACGGAGGGAGAUCCAGCUUCUAAAUGCCUGCGACAUCAUAAAAUGUAGAUACUGCAAGUCUGAGAUAGCAAAACGCAGCGAUGUGGUGGCGAUGUCUAGCGAUGGGCCUCUUGGUACUUACGUCAACCCUCAUGGUUUCGUGCAUGCGACUAUUACAGUGAACAAUGCAAUCGGGCUUGCUCUCGAGGGGAGCCCUUCAAAAGUACACAGCUGGUUCCCAGGAUAUGCUUGGACUAUCGCAUCGUGCGCUGAGUGCGGGUCCAACAUAGGCUGGCUAUUCAGUACCACCAAGAAGCAUCUGCAGCCGAAGUCCUUUUGGGGGAUCCGUAGCUCCCAGAUUGCUGAUAUUGUGGAAGAAGAGCAAGGGAAAGAAUAAUGCACUCUCUCCAUGUACAUGUACAACAAACUCUGUGGCUUCUGCUGCUUUCUUUUCCACUCCCAUAUUAGAACAUAGAGUGAGAGCGUGGCGCUUGGGCUAUACCUGUCGUUCUCUCA